AUAUACUUACUUUACUCUGGGCUUAAUUUCAAGGUUUGGAAAGUCCCUAACUUCCAAACGAUACUCGGGUAAACUGGUGAUUUUGUCUACUGACUAUUGACUAGACCAACAACUGGCAGUUUGUUGCUGAUUUUUCUCUCAUCGUCUUUGUCGGUUCCUGCAACAUAGGGGAAGGAAUCACAUACCUCCUACAUCGACCGUUUAUCUGUUCUAGAGUUCAUUUAAUUUUUUUAAUAAGAUCUUGUGUUCUGUCAUGGAGGACUAGACAGCCAUCAUGGGAUGUCCAGCAGAGAGAAAGACUUGAAUGGAAACACCCUGUGGUCACAUUUUUAUGUUGGAUUUUACAAUGAUUAUUUGUUAGUCCAAAGAAACCACCAUUUGUCAUUUAAAAAUGUGUUUAGGUCAGUGUAGCUGUGGUGUAUUUCUUAAUGAUCCAGGAUGAGCUCCAAGAGCUGGAAUCUCAUAAAAUUCAUCUUAUACAUCCAAACAAGCUGUUUGUUUGUUUGUGGCUGGUUUUAUGUAUCACAUUGUUCAUGCAGUUUUAGUUCACUGCACAUCACCAGUUCAGUGUAAAACAAAAACCUUCUGUGAAGCCCCUCUUGUGUAAUCGAGUCAUGUUGUAAGUACAUGAUUGAUAAGGAGGACUUUUUUUUUUUUUUUUUUUUUUUUUUUGUAAGGGGUCAGAUGUUUGUGUUAUCUUAUUUGUCUGGCUCACACAGUUCAUCUUCUGCACGCACACAGGUAUUCAAGUCUUUCUCUCUGCUGGACAUCCCUUUCCCCAGUUUUGUUAAAUGGAAAUUAUAAAUAAUAGUGCAUUCCUCAGGAGUUUGUGUCGCAGUAGUGGUCCUGCAGAUUUACAGUAUGAUAAUUCAUCUGAACUCUUUCGUAUAUCCACGUAUGCUAAAUUCCCCACCACUGCUCCAGUGACGGAGCGGAGUCUUGCUCGAGCAGGCUUUUAUUACACCGGAGUGGGCGACCGUGUCCAGUGUUUCCGCUGCAAUAUGACAGCUGACAACUGGAAGUCUGGCGACAGCCCUGCCGAGCGCCACAAACAGCUGUCUCCCAACUGCAGCUUCAUCCAGAGUUUACCUGCUACCGCAAACCUCCUGUCAUCCUCCCACUCAGCCUUUUCCCCGCUUCGGAACAUAGCCAUCCUGCAGCUGUCCACCCCUGCAUCCGCUGGAGCAUUGACCACUGCGGCAUCUGUUUCCGGCCAAACAGAGGAGCAGGUGGGUUACCUAAACAUGGGAUUCAGCAACCUGGCACCUUCCAGUCCAAUUUCUUCACGUGUAGUGGAGGAUAUGUCUCACCAGCGACCAUCGGCUUGUCAUAAUCCCAGUAUGCGUCGGGAACAAGAGCGCCUUGACACAUUUCAGAACUGGAGUCUUGCUUCAGUAACUCCAGCUGAGCUUGCCAAAUCUGGUUUCUAUUACCUUGGCCAGGCCGACAGGGUGGCUUGCUUCAGUUGUGGCGGCCAACUUAACAACUGGGAACCAGGAGACCGGGCUGUAUCUGAGCACCUGAGGCAUUACCCCAACUGCCGCUUUGUUCGAGGCGACCGUGCAGAUAAUGUACCGUUAUCUGGUUGUGGCCUUUCCAAUGUAUCCAACUCGGCAAUGCAACAGUGUGAAGAAAGGCUGCUUACGUUUGUCAACUGGCCCUCGAGAAUACCUGUGCGACCAGACCAAUUGGCUAAAGCUGGUUUUUACUAUGUUGGUCGUAACGAUGACGUUAAGUGCUUUUGUUGUGAUGGUGGACUCAGAUGUUGGGAAUCUGGUGAUGAUCCAUGGGUUGAACAUGCUAAGUGGUUUCCAAGAUGUGAAUACCUGUUGCAAGAAAAGGGCCAAGAAUUUGUUCAUCAGAUUCAAGCAAGAUUCCCAAGACUAUUUGAACAGCUUUUAAAUAAUGGAGACAGCAAUUCAAGAGAAUUUGUCGAUCCACCUGUAGUACACCUGGGUCCUGGAGAAGACCGUUCAGAAGAUGCAGUGAUGAUGAACAAUCCCGUGGUGAAGUCAGCGUUAGAGAUGGGAUUUGAGCGUAGCCUGGUGAAGCAAACAGUCCAGAGCAAAAUUCUUACAAGUGGAGAGAAUUACAAAACCGUUCAAGAAUUGGUGUCUGAUUUACUAAGUGCAGAAGAUGAGAAGAGAGAGGAGGAGCAAGAGCUUCUUGCUGAGGAGAUGGCCUCUGAUGGUUUUACUUUCCUUAAGAAACAUCAUGCUGCCUUGACACAGCGUCUAAAAAGCGUCCAGAGUUUAAUGGAUCAUCUUUUAGAAGAGAACGUCAUCUCACAGAAAGAGUAUGACACUAUUCGUAACUGCACUUCAGUCAAGCAGCAGACAGGGCAGCUCAUUGAUUUAGUACUAUCAAAAGGAAACGCUGCUGCAGAGGUUUUCCGCAACUGGAUCAAGAAGAAUGAUGUGUACUUGCUGAGAGAACUGAUGGCCCAGACAAAUGAAGCUGCAUCACCGAGUCAAGAUCUUUCAGACUUGCCUAUGGAAGAACAGUUGAGAAGACUUCAAGAAGAGCGCACAUGCAAAGUGUGCAUGGACAAGGAGGUCAAUAUUGUCUUUAUCCCCUGUGGUCACCUAGUGGUAUGCAAAGAGUGUGCACCUUCUUUACGCAAGUGCCCCAUAUGUAGAGGACUGGUCAAAGGCACUGUCCGUACUUUCCUGUCAUAAAAAGAAUGGUUAUCCUUUGACAAGUAACAAAAUAAUUGAUUGUAUUUACAAAUAUUGUUUUUUAUUUAAAAUUCACAAACUGAAUAAAAAUUAAACGUGCUUCUGAAAUAAAUGAAAAGGUGAAACUGAA